GUGAGAUAAAGCUGAUGUGACGCCUGCUGGCCUUUAAAACGUAUGGAACAGCACACAUUAUGCUGACAGACAAGGUAUCAGACUGCAGCCUCCAGUGAAGCCAUGGCCUCCAAUCGUCCCCUCCUCCUCCUGUUGGACCUGUGCAGUCUGACUGUGGCUGAAGCCCAGCUGAAGCUGUUUAACCUGCGGGCCAGCGAUCUUCCCUCCGGUGUCCUGGGAACCACAGACGGUUAUGUCAAGGUGUUCUGUGGAGCUGCCACUCUGGGGGAAACGUCUGUGCGCAACAACAACCAAAACCCCUGGUGGGAGGAGGAGUUCAACCACUUCAGGGCCCAGCAGAAUGAAGUGCUGAGGCUCGAGGUUUACGACAGUGACUACCUCUUCGAUGACCUGUUGGGAGUCUGCCAGAGACCGAUCAAGACGGGAACCCACAAGCACGACUGCUUCCUGAAGAAAGGCGGGAACCUCCGUUACACCUACACCCUUGGUUAAAUAAAGUCAUUGAUGCAUGAGACCUCUGGACAAGCAACCUGUAUUGAUGACAGCAUGACUGCAUCUGUAUGUGUGGUUUUAAGAAACCAGUGUGACGUCUCUCUGAGUCCUCACUCCAUUACUCAGGUUUUUGAUCAGACAAAUCAUGUUCACAUUACCCAGAAAGGUCUUAACUACUUUAUACAAUCAACCCUGUGAAGAUUCACUCCGGUCUCUUUAUGAUGCUGUAUCACUGAUGAGAACCCUGCUGCUCUGUUUGUCAAAUAAAAAAUGAAUGAAUAAUGUUUAAAAA